UGAGUUAGUUCACGUUCAGCCGGUGCACGUUUGCAAUAACAUGAAGAAAGACCAAACGAAUGAAGGAGAAUGAGAGAAUUUAACACACCGAAUGAUAUAGCUAACGAGCGAGCGCGCGAAUAAGAACGAACACAAACGAAUAUGAGGAGAAAUAAGACUUAAUACACCCGACAAUGUUUGAUCUCAAACAUUGGCUCAAAUCACUUGUGGUAAACAGUUGGUUUAGAUUGAUAUAACAUUCAAUUUAGGUUUAGUCUUUCGGUUGCUGGCAUACAGCACACACGUACCGCUUUUUAUUUUCUCAACAUUUUUAUUUUCUUCGUGUAUAUCAAGUGUGCCGAUAUCUAACGAUAACCGCGAUUUUAUUUUUUAAAUUCAACUUAGUGCGAAUGAUAAUUCGUAUUCAUUUGACUGGAUGUUAUUUAUUUUUUUAACAAAAAUAAUGUGUUAAAAAUCAAAUAACAAUUGUUUGAACCAUUUGUUGAAAUCGGUAUCCAUUCAAACUUAUUUCGGUGAUAGAAAAGUGAUUUGUUUUGUUGAUGUGUAAUAAUUUUAGUUGAGAACAACAAAGUGAUAAAUUAAACGAAUGUCAGAUAAACAAACAUGUGUCAAUGGUUAGCAAUUAAGUGUUGUUCUGUUGUCAGAGGAUCACAUGAAGUGCUUACACAAAGAUGUGAUUAGAGCUAGUGGUGUUGGUGUAUUAACAAUUUUCCGACGAAUUAAACGACUUUUACAAAUGAUGGCAUUGAUUAUGAUAGUUGCAUUUAUGACUUCGGUCUUGUAUCAGAAUGUGCAUGGUUUAAAAGAUUUGGAGUCUUAUCAUUUACCACUGACGGAGCCAUCGAAAACCACCAAUCAUCCAAUGAACAUUGGUCUUAAAAACCAUGCGAUCAACGAAGUGGCCGAUAUCAUAUCAAACCCAUCCAGGCCACAAGUGAACACAGCAAAGGCCAAAAAUAAUGACCGGCCAAAAGACAUUUUCGUCACCGAUUACCUCUUAAAACAGCGACACAUUCACGAAUUUAGUGUUACAGCCACACCAAAACCAACAACAACCAAUCUCAAUGAUAUAUUCAUCACGGUGAAAACAACCAAAUUAUACCAUGACACAAGAUUAGCGCUUAUAAUCAAAACGUGGUUUCAAUUGGCAAAAGAUCAAACAUGGUUUUUCACCGACACCGACAACCAGUUCUUUCAACACAAAACAAGCGGUCAUUUAAUCAACACAAACUGCUCCAUGGGACAUCUAAGAAAGGCAUUGUGCUGUAAAAUGUCCGUUGAAUUCGACACCUUUCUCGAAAGCGGAAAGAAAUGGUUCUGUCACUUUGAUGACGACAAUUAUGUGAAUAUACCAAAAUUAGUUGAACUGCUUAGCAACUACAGCCCAACAUUGGAUUGGUAUUUGGGAAAACCGAGUAUAGCAUCGCCACUUGAAAUCUAUGUAGAUAAUAAUGACGAUAAGCAACCGCAUAAGAAAAUUUCAUUUGUGUUUGCAACAGGUGGUGCCGGUUUUUGCAUAAGUCGAACGCUGGCAUUGAAAAUGCUACCGAUUGCUGGUUUUGGUAAAUUCAUGUCGAUUGGUGAUCGUAUUGGAUUGCCUGACGAUGUAACAAUGGGCUAUAUCAUCGAACACCUAUUGAAAGUGCCAUUGACUGUGAUCGAAACGUUUCAUUCACACUUGGAACCAAUGGACAUUCUUCCCAAAGAAACGUUCAAAGAACAGGUCACAUUUAGCUACGGUCACAUAAAGAAUAAUACAAACGUUUUACUUAUUGAUGGAUUCGAUGAUAAAAUCGAUCCAACACGAUUAUUAUCACUUCAUUGUCAUUUAUAUCCAAAUAUUUUGAAUGGCAAACUCUGUUCACCGCAAGCACUACAAAUGAACUGAACUGAUACACUGGAAUUCAAACUUCACGAAGAUGGAAUUAAAGGGAAUUGAAUCAGGGAACUAUACUCUGUUCUUAAGUAAGCAAUCACAAGUGCGCUAUUAGUUUUUAUUGUAAUUCAAUGUAAGUGUACAUAAACGAAAAGAAUACACGGUAUUUUACGUCAUCUUCUUCUAAAAAUACGGUCUUAUUAUGCUUUGGAUCAGGUUUCAUACCUCGAAAUAUGCCAAACCAUGAGCCUACGUACUCCAUAUAAAAUAACAAACUUAUUUCGAUAGACACAUCAAUUCGGCCAUAUCUAAAUAUGUCGAACAAAUAUUUUCAAUUCAAUUAACGCAAAAUAAUAUGAAACAUAAAUGCUUGCGAAUAUUGAAAUGCGAAAAAUAUUUUAUUUUGAUUGGAAAAUUAAAUUUAUCAUUUUUACAACGAUUCAAAUGGAAGUUCAAUUAUAAAUUAAUAAAAGAGUAAGCGAAUUUAUUGUAUAUACAAAACCAAUACAACUAAACAUAUUGUUAGCUGUGAUAAUAACAGAUUUAAAAAAAAAGGUAUUCAAAUAUCUAUAUAAUUUUAUACAAACGAAAUUAAACUUUGCAUCAAAUUGCCUCCUUCUUUCGAUUUUAAAUGAACUAUGAUCUAUUAAAAAUAAACAAAUUGUUCAUCUCCA